AUGACAGUUGUUCACAAGACAGUUGAUCCUGUUCACAUGACAGUUGUUCACAAGACAGUUGAUCCUGUUCACAGGACAGUUGUUCACAAGACAGUUGAUCCUGUUCACAUGACAGUUGUUCACAAGACAGUUGAUCCUGUUCACAGGACAGUUGUUCACAAGACAGUUGAUCCUGUUCACCAGACUGUUGUUCCUGUUCACCAGACAGUAUUAAAAGUGUUGGAGAAAGUGUUUUUUUGUUAUUAUCAUGAUAAAUUCCAAGUGUCUGCUACUGAUCCAGAAUGUGGCAAAACUGCUCCUGUAAAAUAUUUCCCCACCGGUGCUUCCGAUCUUCCCUCAGUUUUCACUCUUGAUGAAUCAACUGGCCAGAUUUGUAUCCAAUCAAAUUUAGACUAUGAAACAACGUAUAGUUAUAAUUUUCUCGUCAAGGCUGUAGAUUUAGAUGGACUCCAGACGACAACUGCCAUCAAAAUAACAGUAACAGACGUCAAUGACAACAAACCAGUUUUUGAUCCGUCCAGUUAUAAAGUGAAUGUGGAAGAAGAUUUUAGCGUUGGGAAGACAAUCUUGAACGUCCAGGCCCAGGAUCAAGAUUCAGGGUUUUUCGGAGAUGUUUUAUACACGAUUGAAACGGGAAAUAGUCAGGGUUAUUUUGACAUCGAUAGAACUUCUGGAGUUAUCUCCCUUGCCAAAAGUCUACCGAACGUAGAAAGAACGUACCAGUUGUUGAUACAAGCGUCUGAUGGAGAUGGUGUGGAAUCAACCAAUCCAGCGACAGUUAUUAUCAGUGUGAUUAGACCCAACUCUGAACGCCCGAAGUUUGAGUUUAACCAAUAUAGUUUUGACGUAGCAGAAGACGUCAACCCCAGCACACUUGUUGGAAGUGUAAUAGCUACAACUCAGUCUCCAGGCUCUAAUAUACAGUACGAGAUCCUAUCAACCAAUCAGAAUUGGUUUCGUAUCAAUAACCAAGGUAGUAUCUAUACUGUCGGGAGGAUUGAUCGUGAAACUAAACCUUCGGUAUUACUAAACAUCCAGGCUGAAUCUGGUCUCAACCCGGUCUGGGCCACGACUCAGGUCAAUAUUACCAUAGCAGACGUGAACGAUAACAAACCAGAAUUUACCAUAUAUGGUGAUGGAAUCAGGUUGCCAGUUAAAGAAGAUGUUGUCGUGGGAACGUCUAUAUAUGGUGUCCAUGCCAAUGAUAAGGAUGAUGGCUUAAAUGGAACUGUUCGAUAUAAACUUCUUACCAACCCGAAAGAUUUGUUUGAUAUUGAUGCCUUGAGUGGUGAAAUUCGUCUAAAAAAUGAACUGGAUUACGAAACCAAUGAUCAAUUUCUGCUGAAGAUUGUCGCUCAUGAUCAAGGGACUCCACAACAGGAGAGUUCCACGGCAACAGUAACCAUUGAUGUCAUUGAUGUGAAUGAUAAUGUUCCAAUUUUUACGAAAAGAAUUUAUGAUUUUAACGUGAAGGAAAAUGCAGAAUUGAAUUCGAAGUUUGGGACAGUGAAUGCCACAGAUAAAGAUUCUUCCCAUCAUGGUGGACAAAUGAGCUUUGGUUUUGCUGAGUCACCCUACACUGACAUUUUUGGCAUGUAUCCAACUGGAGAACUGUACGUUAAAAGAGAUCUGGAUCGAGAAAUCCAGGAUUUGUACGUCAUUAAUGUGGUUGUCACAGAUAUUGGUCAAAUUCGUCUGUCCUCGACUGCUACUGUUCGAAUUCAUGUGACUGACGCCAAUGACAACCGACCCAGUUUCACCCAAUCAGAGUAUCAUUUUGAUAUUGAGGAAAAUCAGCAGGUUGGAAGCACGGUUGGACAAGUAGUAGCUCUAGAUCGUGAUACUGGUAUUAAUGCUGAACUUCAUUAUUCAUUUAAAACAUCCCAAAACAAGUUUGUUAUCAAUCCUCACAAUGGUGAGAUAACAACCAAAACUAAACUGGAUCGCGAAGAUCAGGGUAGUUACCAACUAGAGGUCAAGGUCGUUGAUAAGGGUGCAACUCCACUCGAUGGUGCCACUAAAGUCAAAAUCACGGUUCUCGACAUGAAUGACAACAAACCUAAAUUUCAAGGAAGGCAACCUUACUCUGAGAGUGUGUUGGAGAAUAAACCGAAAGGAACAGAAGUGAUUCAGAUGGUAGCUACCGACCCAGACGCUGCUGAAAAUGGUUUUGUUUCUUAUGUUUUAGACCCAGCCUCCACCAGUGCAGAUGGUUUACAAAAUUUUGCCAUUCAUCCAAAAACAGGUUGGAUCACGACAAAAGAGGUCUUGGAUUAUGAGCAGAGGUCACGAUAUCUGUUGGUCGUUAUCGCUAAAGAUGGUGGGAAUCCAGGCACCGACAACAGAGCAGAAGUAGAAAUUAAGGUAAAAGACGAUAAUGAUGAAGCUCCGUUGUUUCAUGCCUCCAAGGUCACCUUUGAUGUCAUUGAGAAUUCCCCGAUUCGCACCACUGUUGGACGAGUUCAAGCUCAUGAUCUGGAUUCAGGAGAAAAUGGCAGAGUUUCUUACUAUAUUAUGUCUGGAAAUGUUUUUAGUCUUUUCGCUGUGGACAUGUCGUCAGGGGAAAUUUACAGUAUCAGAGAAAUCGACUAUGAAGAAUCUUCGUCUCAUGUCCUGGGAAUAAAAGCCAUCGACAAUAACAUCCUGUAUCCACGUAGCAACAACAUUAGCGUCACCAUCAACAUCAUUGACCUCAAUGACAACCAACCCAAAUUUGAAAAAGAUCCCAUAAUUCUUCAAACUAUUAAAGAGAACUCCAUGAUUGGUCAGGUAGUUUAUACAUUCACAGCAGUCGAUAGAGAUUCUGGUUUGAACGGCACAGUUCAAUAUUCCAUCAAAUCAGAGACUUCUUCAGGACCAGAACCGAACCACGGUUCAUACUUCACCAUUGACAGUAACUCCGGGCAACUUAAAAUAGCCAAUAAUAUCGACUAUGAGAAAGUUCAUCAGAUUUCUUUGAUCGUCAAGGCUCAGGAUCGAUGUCCGUCACCUAGCAACAUAUUAGAGAGUUCUGUUACCACGGUAGUAUUUAUUAUGGAUACCAACGACAACUAUCCAAUCUUCGAGUCACGAACUUCGAUACAUGUAUCAGAAGACGAAUCUGUCGGCUAUCCCAUCAUGCAUGUGAUAGCGGUAGAUAAAGAUUCAAAUAAAGAUAAAAGUGGGAACAACAUUAUUGUUUAUAAUAUUAUCUCUGGAAACGAGGACAAACAUUUUAAACUGGAUUCUAAUUCAGGUUUACUGACAAUCUCCAGUCAACUGGACCGAGAGAAAAAAGAGCGUUAUUUUUUAAAUAUAAGUGCUGAGGAUCAUGGUUCACCAAAACGAACAUCGUACAAACUGUUAAAUAUAAUAAUAGAUGAUGUCAACGACAAUAUACCACAAUUUAAUAACAACACUUACUACGCUACUGUCCCCGAAAACACUGGCCCUGGAGCUACAUUAAUCACUGUUACAGCUGUAGACAAUGAUAUAGGUGACAAUGGAAAAUUAACAUAUUUAAUCCCAGAAGGCAUUGCUGAUAAUUUAUUUGAGAUUGAGGCUAAAACUGGUGUAAUAACAACGAGGACAGAGCUUGAUCGAGAAAUCAGAUCGGCAUAUAUUAUUACUGUUUAUGUACAAGACGGAGGUUAUCCUACUCAAUAUGACAUGACAACUGUAGUUAUAGAAGUUGAAGAUAUCAACGAUAAUUCACCAAUAUUCCAGAGUUCCUCUUAUAGUUUAAAUAUUCCUGAAAAUCGACCAGAAUCUUCUGUCAUGGCGUUUGUAGCCCAUGAUGCUGAUGAUGGAGAGAACGCUGUUUUAUCUUAUAGUAUUAUUGGAGGAAAUGACGGUCACUUUUUAAUCAAUGGUAAAACAGGGGAGCUAACUUGUACACCAUUAGAUAGAGAAGUUAAGAAGUUGUAUAAUUUAACAGUAUCUGCUGUCGACGGAGGAACACCAUCACGUAGAGGACAAGCCAACGUCUUUAUUCAAGUUUUAGACGAGAAUGACAACAAUCCUGUAUUUUCACGAUCAGAAUAUUCUAAAACUAUUAAAGAAGAUAUCGCUAAGGGGGAGGUGGUCCUGCAGGUUUCCGCCACGGAUAAAGAUUAUGGACACAACGGAGAAGUGACUUUCUCUCUCGGAAAUGAUACAGAGGGGUUUUUCAGCGUUAACAGUACUUCUGGAGAAAUUAUUACUACUGGUGUGUUUGAUCGUGAAAAGAAAGGGCAGUAUAAUUUUGAAAUUAUCGCUCAUGAUGGUGGAAUAUCAGGUCCCAGGAACGCGUCGGCUAUCGUAAGAAUUACUCUUCAGGACGUCAAUGACAACGCUCCAGUUUUUAACCAAGUUCCGUAUCGAGUUGACGUGCCACCAAACACUGAUGCCAACAAACAAAUUCUGAUUGUAGGCGCCAAAGAUCCUGAUUUAGGUGAAAAUAAGAAACUGACAUACAAUCUUCAAUCAGAGUCAGGAUCAACCAGUCUUCAGUAUUUUAGAAUUGAUCCCCAGACGGGUGAGAUUGUCACCAAACAGUCACUGAGUAACGCUGGUGUUUAUCAUAAUUUGAAAGUGGUAGUACUGGAUAAUGGGAAUCCAAGACUGAGUUCUACAGGAGUAGUAGAGAUCACUGUAGGAACGACCACCCCAAAUCCUCCGUUAAAAUUUAAACAGGUCCAUUACAGUGUGGAGAUUAGAGAGCACUCCCCAACUCUAACACCAGUAAUACGAGUAUCUGCCACCUCCAGUGUUUCAGGGACAAUACGUUAUAGUUUCGCUAACGGCAAUGAUGAUCAGAUUUUUAGUAUUGACCAAAAUACAGGAGAAAUCAAGGUAGCUAACUCUGAUAAGUUAGACUAUGAAGUGAGUCAGAGUGUAAGAAUGGUCGUGGCAGCUGAACAAUAUAAAAACCACGCCUACGCCACGUUACAAGUUAACCUUACUGAUAUCAAUGAUAACUCUCCCAAGUUUGCUCAGACUAAAUAUGUAUCUGCCGUCUGGGAAAGUAACGAACCAGAAACUUACGUUACCAAGGUUCUAGCACGUGAUGCUGACAGUGGAUAUAAUGGCAGAAUAACGUAUAAUAUAAUCGGAGGAAAUAAAGACCGAGCCUUCGUUAUUGACCCACCUCAUACUGGUAUCGUCAAGACAAAUAUUGACAAGUUAGAUAGGGAGAUACGAGAUAGUUAUAGAUUAGUGAUACAGGCUAUAGAUGAAGGGGAACAACCCAAAUCUAGUUCCUGUAUACUUAGUAUCAGUAUUAUUGACGUCAACGAUAACCAACCCUACUUCCCCCCACAGAAACCUGUCUUUCUUAAAGAGAAUAUGGAAAUUGGUUCUCACGUAACCACGGUAACAGCUAGUGACGUGGACCCAGACCACAGUUUGAUCUAUGAUUUCUCGACAGACGGAAACCCAGAAAACACAUUCAACAUCGAUAGAUUGAGUGGAAGGAUAACUCUAGCGAAACCAGUAGAUCACGAACAACGUAAACAUUAUAUGAUUGAUAUAAAGGUUUCUGACGGACUCCACACAGAUUUUAAACAAGUAGAUAUUAAUAUUGAUGAUAUAAACGAUAAUUCACCAGACUUCAGUCAAAAAUCUUAUCAGGUCUCCCUACCAGAAUUAACGAGUAUGAAUUAUCCAGUAAUAUCAGUAAACGCGACAGAUAAAGAUACUGGUCAGAAUUCUGAUAUAACCUACUCUAUAUCUGAUAAUCCUCUUGAUAGUUUUUAUAUUGAUAGUAAUAACGGAACCAUUUUCACGAAGAAAUCUAUAAAUAAUACAACAGACGAAUCUAUAUUACAACUGGUUGUCACGGCAACAGAUAAUGGCCGACCACGUCUGUCGUCAAUGGUUACAGUACAUAUUCAAAUAACGAGUGUCAAUAAGUUCGCUCCCAUCUUUGAUGAACAGUUAUACAUGAAAAAUAUCAGCGAAGCUAGUAACCGUGGUGAUCUAUUAUUACAAGUUCGUGCUACAGAUAAAGAUAAUACACAUCACCAUGACGAUAUAGAUUAUACCUUGAUUAGUGGCAGUACCGAUAUAUUUCAAAUACGUCGUAGAACCGGAGAAAUAUUCCUGAAUGGUGACCUUGACCGAGAGAAAGUAGGUCAAUAUACUCUCAAGGUCAUGGCCACAGAUCGCGGAGAUACUCCGAAAAGUUCCACGUCGAAUAUCAACAUUAUAGUGACAGACGUGAAUGAUAACGCUCCAUAUUUUCUUGAAAAGGAUUAUUUUAAAAUUCUGCCUGAAAAUUUCACGUCUGAACAAGUUUUUCUGAUAGUUGGUGCGGAAGAUGCAGAUAUUGGUCCAAAUGCUGAUAUUCAAUAUACCAUUACGUCUGGAAACGGAAAAGGAUUGUUCAUCAUUCACGGAACGAAAGGAGAAAUCUCCAUCAUGACUGGAAUGGAGCUGGAUUAUGAAACCGACCAAUCACAUCGCUUGAUCAUUCGAGCCGUGGAUUGUAAAUCGUGCCCGCAGGAAGUGACCAAGUUAUCUGCCUUUGUUACCGUGGAUAUUAACGUUACUGAUAUUAACGAUUCCAAACCGAAAUUUCCUGUUGAUCAUUAUGUAGAAAGUGUGUAUGAAAAUCGCCCAGUGAGAAGUAUCGUGUUUCAGGCCCACGCUAACGAUCGUGAUAGUGGAAUGUUUGGAUUAGUUCGAUAUUCCUUGAUUCCAGGACAAGAUUCAGACUAUUUCACCAUGGAUAGUGACACAGGGUAUGUUCGUACUCAGAUGAGUUUCGACUACGAGGAGCGUAAAGCGUAUCGUGUGAGAAUAUCCGGUGUAGAUAUUGGAGGAUUGCGAAGUGAAGCGAAUGUGACCAUUUUGAUUCGAGACGAGGAUGAAUUCGCUCCGACCUUCAUCAAGAAGACGUAUGACUUUGAUAUCCAGGGCAAUGCUAAAAAAGGGGAUAUCCUGGGUCAAGUCGGUGCUCUUGAUGAAGAUGGUGGAGAAGCUGGAAAAGUUUAUUUCUAUUUCAAAUAUCCGAGCAGUUACGAUUAUUUCGCAGUUAACGCGUCCUCAGGUGUGAUCAGUGUUGCGCGUAGUUUCCAUGAAGACGUUCCAGAAGACAACAGAGUUAAAAGAGCUCUGAAAGAGGAGGAAACUACUAUUGUUGUCAUAGCAACAUCAGGAUUAGAUAACUCUAUGGAAUCUACAGCCACCAUUGCUGUGAAAAUCGACAGAACAUGUGACGGUUGUAAAUAUGUCCCGAGUACUAAAGAGGAAGGAUUGAGUCCCGUCGUUCUGGCUCUUGUGAUAGUCGUGUGUAUUAUCAUAGUUAUAGUUGUCAUAGUGAUUGCGGCUGUCUUAUUUAUCCGUAAGCGUAAACAUAAAGCGAAAAAAGCUCAACCAGAGCCUCGGCAAUAUGAACCUUCAUUUGAUCAAAUCCCACCUGCAAUUUUACAUCCCAACGUAGGACCCCCGCCUUAUAGACAAGUCAGUCCGUACGAUCGUAACAUCGCUAACAUCACUAGUUCCGACAUUUCUAAUCAUUCCCAUAAUUCAGCAUCAAGUGGGCGUGGCUCUGCAGAGGAGGAAGAAGACGAGGAAAUCCGAAUGAUUAAUUCCAACAAUUUUAUCAACCAUUCUCAAGGAUAUUUACGGAGGAAAGCGAUGCCGGAUUCAGGAAUACAACAAGAUGACGACAGCAUGUCUGAACCGAGCGUACAAAAUCAUCAGGAAUAUCUAGCAAGAUUGGGUAUAGACUCAACCAAAAUCGGGAAUAAAAAUAAAAAGAAGAAUGUGGCUCCCUCUGUUGAGAGUAUGCACCAUUUCUCUGAUGAAGGUGGUGGGGAGGGAGAUAUAGGAAUAGAUUAUAACAAACUGACUGAUGGGGAGACGGAUGAUGAGGUUGCUAUGAUUGAUAAAAAUCGUGUUUUAGACUUUCCGAACCCUGAGAAACAACACGCAGGUUCGUUAUCCAGUGUAAUUAAUAGUGAGGAAGAAUAUAGUGGAUCUUAUAACUGGGACUAUUUAUUAGAUUGGGGUCCACAAUAUCAACCCCUAGCUCACGUCUUCGCUGAAAUCGCCAAAUUAAAGGACGAUAAUGUUACACCGAAAAAACAACCAAUCAGAACAGUGCCGCAAAAACCAUUACUUAAUAAACUUAAUCCACAAGUCAAGAUGGUGCCGCCCCCUAUGAUUACAAACACACCCCCUAAGGCCAUCAGUCAGCCGGCGUCUCGGACUAGUCAUUCUUCAUCUAGCAGUAACCAAUCACAACGAGCCAGUACCAUGGAUACUUCAUUACCAAGUCUACCUAGAUCUCCCAUUAGUUAUGAAUCAAACUAUAACUCUCCAGCAUUGACUCCUUCCUUUACCCCGUCUCUCUCACCCCUCGCGGCUCACACCCCUUCCACCAUUUCCCCCGCCGUCAGUUCUCAAGUUAACUCUGGACCUAACUCCGGUCAAAACACUCCGGGUCGUAUUGUCAUCAGAAACGGACAAAUUGCUUUGACUUCUGCAUCCGAUCCCCAAGAAUUCCGAAUAUAA